AUGGAGAAGAGGAAAGGAAUAAGGGGAGUAGACCCAAGUGGACCGAUCCCUUUCCCCCAAGGGAACAUUUACAGAAGAGACAAAAUCUUUUCUGGUCACAUGCGGUUCCGGAGUUCGGGCGCGGCAGGCAAAUCAGUGAUCAGGCCCAUCCACGCCCGGGGCUGCCGAGGUGCUGAUUGGUGGGACAUUCCUGAUUGA